UCAGGAGAUGAUUCUGGAGAUGGAUCAGGAAUUGCAUCAGGAGAUGGCUCUGGAAUUGGUUCAGGAGAUGGCUCUGGAAUAGGUUCAGGAGAUGGAUCAGGAGAAGGAUCGGGAACUGGAUCAGGAGAUGAUUCUGGAGAUGGAUCAGGAACUGGAUCAGGAGAUGGCUCUGGAAUUGGUUCAGGAGAUGGAUCAGGAACUGGAUCAGGAGAUGGAUCAGGAACUGGAUCAGGAGAUGGAUCAGGAACUGGAUCAGGAGAUGGCUCUGGAAUCGGUUCAGGAGAUGGAUCAGGAGAAGGAUCUGGAACUGGAUCAGGAGAAGGAUCAGGAACUGGAUCAGGAGAUGAUUCUGGAGAUGGAUCAGGAAUUGGAUCAGGAGAUGGCUCUGGAAUUGGUUCAGGAGAUGGAUCAGGAGAUGGAUCAGGAACUGGAUCAGGAGAUGGCUCUGGAAUCGGUUCAGGAGAUGGAUCAGGAGAAGGAUCUGGAACUGGAUCAGGAGAAGGAUCAGGAACUGGAUCAGGAGAUGAUUCUGGAGAUGGAUCAGGAAUUGGAUCAGGAGAUGGCUCUGGAAUUGGUUCAGGAGAUGGAUCAGGAGAAGGAUCUGGAACUGGAUCAGGAACUGGAUCAGGAGAUGGCUCUGGAAUCGGUUCAGGAGAUGGAUCAGGAGAAGGAUCUGGAAUUGGUUCGGGAGAUGGAUCAGGAGAAGGAUCAGGAACUGGAUCAGGAGAUGAUUCUGGAGAUGGAUCAGGAAUUGGAUCAGGAGAUGGAUCUGGAAUUGGUUCAGGAGAUGGAUCAGGAGAAGGAUCUGGAACUGGAUCAGGAGAUGGAUCAGGAACUGGAUCAGGAGAUGGCUCUGGAAUCGGUUCAGGAGAUGGAUCAGGAGAAGGAUCUGGAACUGGAUCAGGAGAUGGAUCAGGAACUGGAUCAGGAGAUGGCUCUGGAUCUGGUUUGGGCGAUGGCUCUGGAAUAGGUUCAGGAGAUGGAUCCGGAGAGGAUUCAGGAGAUGGUUCAGGAGAUGGAUCUGAAAAUGGGCUCAUCACCACCAUAGCAGACCUGGUUUUCAACAGUUCCGUCAGUGUGCCCCGCAUCCAUCAGGUGGUGGAAACCCUGGAGCAUA